AUGUCGGGUGCUGGAGUCCUCCUUUCUCUCCAGCAGAGUCCUUCGGUCCAAGUUUCUCCAACCACUGCAGCAGCACAUUCUCUGUCAUCUAACCUUUCUCAUUAUGAUAAGGUUCGUACUAUCUUCAUUAUGGGUCUGCCUGAAGAUAUCAAAGAGAGAGAGCUGCAGAAUUUUCUGAGAUGGCUUCCGGGUUUUAAAAAUUCACAUUUGAGCUUCAAGGGAGAUAAGCCCAAGGGCUUAGCUCUCUUCUCAACUGUAAAUUUUACAGUCGCUGCUAAGGAUGUCCUUCAGAAAAUGGUUUUUGACGUUAAGUUGAGGUCUCUUUUACACAUUGAGAUGGCAAGGAAGAAUCUUACUGUUAAAAGAGUAGUAGUUAUAAAUUCUGUUGCAUUUGACAAGGAUGGAGGUUUUCCUGUUCCUCCAGUUCUGUCAUUGCCAAUUUCAGCUUCUGUACAAUCUCAUAGUGUUCAGGUGCAUGUUAAAGCGGUGUGUUGUGAUGGUAAAUCUGCUGUUAAUGGUGUACAAGAAGUGUAA